UUCCCAAUCCAAAAACCCUAUCGUACGUUCUUCUUCUCCAUCACGAAAUUCCUUCAAUCCCCAAUCUCUCUCAAUCCCCAAACUCUCUCAAUCCCCAAACAAACUCUCUCAAUCCACAAACAAAGCUUCUGAAUUCGAAGAACCCUAAUUGAAACCCUUGUGAAUCCCUUCUCCGCUCAAGAAAUUCCCUCUUCGCUCACGAAAUCUCACGAAUUUCUUCUGGUUGUAUAUCUUUUUCUUCGGCCACCGUAACACAAUCGGUGGAAGCCUCCGACUACGUUUCACAGGCGCUCGUACUCCCUCUGAUUACGGCCGCACAAACUCCCUCCGACUACGUUCGUACGUUCGGCUUGACAACUACUUUGUUGACACUAAGUUUCUCAGCCGUUCUUUUCUUCUCAACGUUUGGCCGUCGUUUCGUAAGGGUAAGAAGCCUGAAAAGGUUGUUGCUAAGACCGCGGCUAAGAAAAAACCUAAUCCCAGUAAGUUUAGGUCGUGCCUUUUAACUUCUUUAGAACUCUCUAAUAUUCCGCAAGGAAACACCCGUCUUGUACCUAUGGAGGAAGAUGUGUUUGGUAUUGAGCAUCACGAAACAAUUGGUAUGGAGGAUUUUGAACAAAUUUUUGGACAUACGCAAUUAGGCCUCGGUGUUAUUGAUACAUACAUAAGGUUUUUGUAUGAAAAAUUGAUGCACCUGAGUGGAUUGAGGCAAAGAUUCGCUUUCUUAGCUCCCUUCAUUACCAACUUAGGGUUAAUCAUAUCUAAACCGGAUGAAGUCAUGGCGUAUGUACUCAACCGUUUUAUGGCCAGCAUAAAUUCAGAAAAGUUGUUCUUUUUACCGUUUAAUACCGGCAACGGUGGACAUUGGUUGUUGGUCGCGAUUAAUCCUAUCAGUGAAGUUGUAUAUUUUCUGGAUUCCUUACACAAUCCAGUUAGUACAUACGAAGCUAUGAAGAAGUUGGUUGAUACCAUUAUACAAGUUUUUCGAGCACAAAGAGGAAGUCAAGUACCAAAGAGUAAAGCCAACAACAUCACAUGGAUUCAAGUGGAGUGUCCUGGGCAGCGUAAUGAAGUAGAUUGCGGUUUUUACAUGUUGCAGUUUAUGAAAGAAAUUCUUCUUUCGAAUCAAAUAGAGAUUCCGUCCAAGUAUUUUGAUGAAUUCAAGUGUGCUACUUACUCAAAAUCUAAGUUGGAUGAACUUAAGGAGGAAUGGUGUCAAUUCAUGAUUGAGUUGAAAGUUGUAUAGGAUAUUGAAGGGUGAAAAGGUUAGCUGGCAAGAAGAAAAAGUAGAUAUUUAGCAUCCUUUUGACUUGUGUAAAAAAUAACAAUGUUUUGGAUAAUGCAAUUGUUUUCAUUGAAUUGGAUGUAAUUUUGUUGUUGUUUAUUAAUAUAUUCUUAGCAUAUAAAAAAUCCAAAGUUUAUUCGUA